AUGUCCAGCAAAGAACGUCCAUCAGAUGAGGCAGAGACUUUUGUCAAAGCUCUUCGUCUAAUCGUUCUCGCUUCUGGUGACUACUUCAUCCUCACAGGUACUGUCUCUGAUCUUGUCGUAGAAGCUCUUCAACAGCAUUGCGAAUACUUAGCCCAGGCGUUCCGCUCUCUCUUGGGUAAUUCGGUCUCUCCCCUUACCCUUCCCCGUCUAAUCAACUCUCUUGCAGAUUGCAAACUUCAUCUCUCUCGCAUCUUAACCUACCUCUCCACUUAUGCCCUAACGUCUAAUGAUCUGGAGAAUCCUGACCCCCUUGCAUUCUAUGGCACCUCCACCAAAGCACUCUCUGUCUUCCGCGCCGAAUGUGAAAAGCUCCAUAUUGAUUUGGAGAACUCCAUUUCUCUCCCUUCUUUUCACCUUCUAAUAACUGGUCAGCAUAUGCGCAUGCAAAGAAUUGAUGGCUUCGUGGCCAACGUUGCUACUACGGAGCAGUACUUGGAAUUUACUCGACUCCGGCAAAGAGCACGCCUUCUGGGGCAACCUUUUGAUAUCUGGCUAGCACGUGCUGGGCUCUCUAUUCAACGUUGUGCGAGCGGGUCGGAUGUUAUCCCCAUUUUCGCUUAUUUAGUCACUCUAUGCUUGCGAGAUGUUAUUGACCUGGCUCUCGCUAAUAGGCAGAGAUUUGGGAUAGAUCUGUACUCCCAGAUGACGGCGGUGGAAUUGCAGCAGGCUAGCUUGGGUAUACGCCAAAUGAAGGGGUAUUUGUGA